ACAGCACACUAAUUCUCAAAUGUUCUCAGAUCACAUACAUAUAGCAUUGGCAUGAUGAUCAACAGAGUAAGAGUUCACUCUAGUCGAUCAAUAUUGUUGAUGAUACGCUGGUAGUCCAUCGCUUCAAAUAUAGAUGAUAGAAAGUCGCUGGUUUUCCUGGAUAUGUGAGUGACUUUGACACUGACAUUUUAUCCUCUUUGAUCAUGCUGCCUAAUUUACUAUACAUCUGGACCAGUAUUCAUUCACAUCAUUAUCCAUAUGUCGAGAUCAAAAGCAUCCUGAGUAAUUGUGUAGCUGUCAUAUCACUUGUUCACGCACAAUUAUAUAGCACUGAUAUCGGUGAUUCCAAAUCCACUCGUCAAAAGCAUUUCAACUUGCAAGGUAGGAAUCUUUAUGUUUUGUUUCAUGUAUUUGGGUUGAUUCGGAUGUCCGAGAACGCUUCUUCAACUGGAGAUGCUUCUAAUACCUCAGCUGCAGUUUGCCUUCCCCUACAAUUAUAUUUUGAUUGCUAAUU